AUGUCCUCACCUCCUCCGGCUCCACCACUGUCUCGAAUACUCAAAAUUUCAUCAUUAGAGUUUGAUUCGUCGUCGGAAUCCUCAGAGUCGUCGGAGCCAUUGAUGCCAUGGGAGGAAUCGUUGGAGUCGUCGGAGCCAUCAGAUCUUUCGGAGCCACUGGAGCAUUCGGAGCUAUCGGAACCGUCUCCAGCUCAUUCUUCGAGUUCCAGAUGUUUUGAUCUCACAAAUCCAGAUACGGUAGCUCCCCCCUCUCUCAGCACAAGUGUGGCUGAGCUUCCAUCAAAUGCUCCAGAAGGACGACUGGCUGAGAAUCUAGUCACGGCAAUUAUCCAGCAUAUGAAGACUGAUAUAAGAAUGCACCUCGCUCAACAAAUCCCUGCCAUCCGCGACAUCGAAGCAUCUGUCCCAAUCAACUCCAACCGUCUUUGCCUAGAUGGCUACACUCUGAUCGUCGAUGAAACCAUCUAUACCCUGGACACCCAUGAUCCGUGUGGAGCACCAAUAGGCUAUAUCAAUUUUGCAAUGAAAUCCAAGCGACAUAUAAAGACAGAGAGGAUUCAAGGAGGAGAUGAACAUGAAGCAAUGGUAUUCCUGAUGAACAAGUUGUUUGGGAAGCGGCCACAGCCAAUGAAUAUUGGUUAUCUGGGAAUUGAGAACAAGCCGGAGGUUCUCCCUUUCCCGGAACAUCUUCGAUUCCUAAUAGAUGACCUCAAGAUUAACCACAAUGCCGAGGAAUCACUAAAUGCCAUUUCUCCCUUCCUAGACCCCCACAGCUUCCCACUAGACACCAUCCUAAUCACUGGAACUCGCACCAAAGGAAAAUACAACCAUAAGAUCAUCCAAAGUGCCAGGAACAUUGAAAUCGUGGAUUUUUCUAGCUACUGUAGCUGGAUGACAGCAGUUCAAGAGUUUCACUGCAAUCAGGUUCAUGUACAAGCCAAUAUGUUCCGGCCAGCUGACUUUAUCAAGUUGAUGGAAGCGCUGAUAAGGUGUCCUAGGGAAGCUGGGACAUUUAUUUCCGCUGGAGUUGAUAAGUAUGAAACUGUGGAGAGGAUAAUGGUGAAGGCUAAGGAGAAUGUGUUGAUGGUCAAUGUGGAUGAGGAGUUCAAGGGAUGCCCAGAUUUCCCAGACGUCCUUUUGAUCCCUGUCACCAAGGACAAGCAGUUGGCUCUCUACGCAACUCAUAAUCUGGGACGGUACACCUAUGAUGGGCAUUUUUCCACCUACGAUGUGAACCUCUGUGUUUUGUCAAUCUAG